AUGGCACUCAGAUCAAAGAUCCAGGCAUUCGAAACCGGAGGCGUUUCGAACCUCACUCCGAAUUCCAAGCGCAAGCGGAGCAUUUACGAUGCUGAAGUGGGCCAAGAAGAGGGAUAUAGACGCCUCGGGCCCAUGUACCGAAGAUUUGGCAACCUCAAACAGAAAUUCGAGGCUGAUCUGCGCUCGCUUCACUCCAAUGAGGAAGAAGACAAGGAGAACAUCACCAACCGCAGCCAGCCCGAGGCUACUCGUCCGUCCACACCAAAGGCCAAGGAAGCGCAGUGCGGCUUGGCCGACGAGCUGCCCGACGCUGUGUCGGUGGAGGAGGCCGCGAUGAACGCGGCGCGCGUCGCCGAGCUCGAGGAGAUGAUCCGAGCGCUCUACCACAAGUACAACGCACGCAAGAAGCAAGUGCACACCCUCAAGAAACAGAAGCUCGAUCUGGAGAGCCUGGUGUCUGCGCAGCGAGACGAGCAAAAGCGACACACCGAGCUCCAGCAGCAGAGCGAGGAGGAGAUUCAGCGGCUCCAGGAGCUGAACAAGUUCCUGAGUGAGGGCUACGAGGACGUCAAGGAGGAGAUGCGGAAGAAGGCCGUGUUGAUCCGCAGCAAGGUGCUGCGCGACGAGCUGCGCAAGGAGCUCGAGGACAAGCGCAAGCUGCGUGAGGAGAUGCGCGAGAAGCAGAGGGCAUCUAUCCUCAACGGCGACGACCACCUCGAAGCCGAAGACGACCAGCAGCAGCUCGGCGCGUCUCCCCAGCGCGAGGAGGAGCACGUCAAGCAGGCCGCCGCCAGGGACGAAGAGCGAAAACGAAUGGCGGAGCAGCUCGAAGCCGAGAUCGCCGAGCGGAUGAGGGCCGAAUACGAGCAGCGCGAGGAAUCGCUGGUGAACAGCCGGCUGGCGGCCGUGAGAGAGGAGCUCGAGCGGGAGACCGAGGCCCGACUGGCCCGCGAGCGUGCCGAGUGGGAGAGCCGACAGGCCGAGGUCGCGCAGCAAAACGAGGAGGAGGCGCAGCGACGCCAGCGCGAGUCGAAGAGAAAGCGCGAGGAGGAGUUCGACGGCCUCAUGGGCGCGCUCCGCGGCGACAACACCCGCCUGGGCCGUGAGAUCGAAGAGAAGGAAGAGGAGCUGCAGGUGCUCCGAAGCGACGUCGUGGCGCUGCAGGAGGCGAUCGAGCACAUGCAGGAAGAGAUGACAAUCGAGGCCACUGAAUGGGAGCGAAUGAAGGCCUGCCUUGAGAAGGAGGUGCAUCGUGCCUACAAGGAGCUCAAGUCCAAGGAGGAGAAGGAGGCCGAGCUGCAGGGUGAGAUCCGCGGCCUAAGAGACGAGCUGCAGCGCGCCCUCGCUCUCGCGCAGCAGCAACCCGGCGCCGAUGAGAACGAGUGCCAGUACUGCGGUGGUGGCAAGCGAAGGAAGGUCGACAGCAAUGGCGACAACCGCGAAGUUGAAGUGGAGCGCGAGGCUGUCACGGAGCAGACGGAGGAGGUCGAGAAGAAGGCGAUCAAGACCACCGGUCGAGCUGCGGCCUCGGUGGCGACGGCCGGUAAGGAGACGACGCCCAUCCGGACGCCCGUGCGAACAGCGCAGAUCAAGCGACCCGCCUCGAUGGUCGUCGGCAAGCGACCGAGCGAAGCCAAGACACAGCCGGAGUCCGAUAAGGGCAUGGCCACCAAGGAGGCCAAAGAGGAGAAGGCCGCCAAACGGCGGUCGCAGGUUAACACCUCGGUCGGCACGCCGCGGCCGGCGACCACGAAGCUGAGCAGCCGGGCGACGCUGGCCGGACGGGAGAAGAUCGCGUCGCUGAGCUCGUCGUCGUCUGCCACCGCCACGCCAUCAUCGUCAUCAUCGUCGGCGUCGCCCCUGCGCAGGGCCAGCAUCGCGCCCACCACCCCGCGCAAGGGAUCGGUAAGGGAGAAGAGCGCCGCCAGCUCGAUCGCGUCUUCGUCGUCCAGCGUCGCCACGGCAUCGCCGCGAAGGCGGGAGCGCGCGUCGUCGGUGUUUGCCUCGCAGACGCCGCGGUUCGACACCAAGGUCGACCCCCUCCGCUACGAGAAGCUCGCUGGCCUUGGAGGCAGCAGCGGCAACAGCGACAACACGACGCAGUGA